AUGUUUAAGCUUAUUACGAAGCAGUCACCCAAGAAGUACAUCGAACAGGCGAGGACAUUACGCGUCGAUUCAACGAUAGCGACCAGCAUCAGCGAUGCUAUGCUUGAAUCGGGAGACUCGUUUUCCGUUGUGACGGCACGUGGAAUCAGCUCCGUGUAUGCCGGCGAUCUUUCAGCUGAGGGGCUUCUGGGUUCACAGGGCGCUGCGUUUCUGACGCUGGAAUACAAAAGCUCGUCGCACACUGCGUAUGUUAAGAACGGCGCCACGGGCGAGCUCAUCAUGAUGCUCGUGCGCGAGUCGAGGGAUAACUCGUGGCACGAAGAGGGCAAGUCAUACGCGCGCUUCGGCAACGCCACGGAGGCACGUCUAUGGUCCAACGGGCGUCCUGUGGGAGUUAACUACUCUGAGACUCUUAUGGACGUGGCACCUCGGACGUUCAGUCAGGAGAAAGCACAGAUGGGGGCGUCCAUGAUCGAGGUGAUCAAGGAGAAGGUUGGCAACUCUAUCCGCCUGUACAAGCAGAAGGCGGAUGGGUCGCGGGGAAUUGAGGUUGCUGCAUACACCAAGGUGAAGAACGGCCCUGCGGUGUUCCGCCUGGUUUCAAAGGACAUUUUGGAUCCUGCUGUUGCAGUUGCCAUGUCGUGGUUUACCUCAAUUGACAACAAAUAG